GACCCUCCUCAGCUAGUACCUACCGGCCAGUAGUCGUCGCGUCUGCAGGCAGAUCUGAGUUAGCCGGCGGAUCCGAUCCGUGCGCGUGCUGCUGUGUGUGUGUCGGUGGAGAUGGCCACAGCUUACGCUCCCAUGGCGAGCCAGGUGAUGAAGAGCAGCCUCGUCGUGCACUCGAGGCCGAGGGGCCUGUCAGGCGCUGCUGCGCUCACGAGGCGGCCCGGCCGGUUCACCGUCAAGGCCAUCCAGCCCGAGAAGGCAACGUACCAGGUGGUGCAGCCCAUCAACGGCGACCCGUUCAUCGGCAGCCUGGAGACGCCGGUCACCUCCAGCCCGCUCGUGGCGUGGUACCUCUCCAACCUCCCGGCCUACCGCACCGCCGUGAGCCCGCUGCUGCGGGGCGUCGAGGUCGGCCUCGCGCACGGCUACCUCCUCGUGGGGCCCUUCGCGCUCACGGGCCCGCUCCGCAGCACGCCCGUGCACGGCCAGGCCGGCGCGCUCGGCGCCGCCGGCCUCGUCGCCAUCCUCAGCGUCUGCCUCACCAUGUACGGCGUCGCCUCCUUCAACGAGGGGGACCCGUCCACGGCGCCCACGCUCACGCUCACCGGCAGGAAGAAGGAGGCCGACAAGCUGCAGACCGCCGACGGCUGGGCCAAGUUCACCGGGGGGUUCUUCUUCGGCGGCAUCUCCGGCGUGCUCUGGGCCUACUUUCUCCUCUACGUGCUCGACCUCCCCUACUUCUUCAAGUAGAAAUCAUCAAAGAUGCGUAUAUAUAUAGCUCCGGCCGAUCCUCCUCUCUAGCUGCAUGGUAUGUAGGUGGUGUGGUCCUUGUUUCAUUUCACUCCAGCGGUGAUCAGCGCCGUGUAUAAAUGUAAUUCCUCUGCUUUGCACAUGGAUGGAUUGGGAUGUAACCUGUUCAACUUUUUUUUACCUUAUUGGAUGCAUCAUUCAGAGCU